AUGAGAGAAAUCCUUCACAUCCAAGGAGGCCAGUGCGGAAACCAGAUCGGUGCCAAGUUCUGGGAAGUUAUCUGCGGCGAGCACGGCAUCGACCACACCGGUCAGUACUGCGGCGAUUCAGAUCUACAGCUCGAGAGGAUCAAUGUCUACUACAACGAAGCCAGCGGAGGCAAGUACGUUCCUCGCGCCGUUCUCAUGGAUCUGGAGCCUGGAACCAUGGACUCUCUCAGAUCCGGGCCGUUCGGUCAGAUUUUCCGGCCGGAUAACUUCGUCUUUGGGCAGUCUGGCGCCGGGAAUAACUGGGCGAAAGGUCACUACACGGAGGGAGCUGAGCUGAUUGAUUCGGUGCUUGACGUUGUGAGGAAGGAGGCUGAGAACUGCGACUGUCUUCAAGGUUUUCAAGUUUGCCAUUCUUUGGGAGGAGGAACUGGCUCCGGCAUGGGAACACUUCUCAUUUCUAAGAUAAGGGAGGAAUAUCCAGAUCGUAUGAUGAUGACCUUCUCGGUUUUCCCUUCGCCUAAGGUCUCCGAUACCGUGGUUGAGCCAUACAAUGCUACACUCUCCGUUCACCAGCUUGUUGAGAAUGCUGACGAAUGUAUGGUUCUGGACAACGAAGCUCUCUACGAUAUCUGUUUCCGCACCUUGAAGCUCGCUAAUCCUACUUUUGGUGACCUUAACCACCUCAUCUCAGCUACCAUGAGUGGUGUCACAUGCUGUCUCCGUUUCCCUGGUCAACUAAACUCCGACCUUAGGAAACUCGCUGUGAACCUUAUCCCUUUCCCACGACUCCACUUCUUCAUGGUUGGUUUUGCACCAUUGACAUCAAGAGGAUCACAGCAAUACAGUGCCUUGAGCGUCCCUGAACUCACCCAGCAGAUGUGGGACUCCAAAAACAUGAUGUGCGCAGCUGAUCCUCGCCACGGCCGUUACUUGACAGCUUCCGCUGUGUUCCGUGGAAAGAUGAGUACUAAAGAGGUUGAUGAGCAGAUGAUGAACGUCCAGAACAAGAACUCGUCAUACUUCGUUGAAUGGAUUCCAAACAACGUGAAGUCAAGCGUCUGUGACAUUGCUCCCACUGGUUUGAAAAUGUCAUCCACUUUCAUCGGAAACUCGACUUCGAUCCAGGAGAUGUUCAGGCGUGUGAGUGAACAGUUCACUGCCAUGUUCAGGAGAAAAGCUUUCCUUCAUUGGUACACGGGAGAAGGAAUGGACGAGAUGGAGUUCACUGAAGCUGAGAGUAACAUGAACGAUCUUGUUGCAGAGUACCAACAAUAUCAGGAUGCUACAGUCGGUGAAGAGGAGUAUGAAGAGGAGGAAGAAGAAGAAGAAGCUUAA